UCAUUUUACAAUAAUCAUAGUUAGUGCUUGUUACAACUUGUGAGGUUUGGACGUAUAUUAAGGAAAAUGUUGCGGAAUUUAAAUAAACUCGUACAAAUACAAAAAGCGAAGUUCGCCACCGCAGCAGCUCCGGCCCCUCACACCAAGCCUGAAAUUUUAUACACAGGGCUCUUCAUCAACAACGAGUGGGUGAAAUCAUCAGAUGGACGAACAUUCCAGACGGAGAAUCCAACAAACGGAAACGUAAUAGCGGACGUACAGCAAGCUGGUAAAGCUGACAUCGACAAAGCCGUAGAUGCAGCUAAGAAUGCCUUCAAAUUGGGGUCACCAUGGAGGCGGAUGGAUGCGUCACAACGCGGGUAUCUCCUCAACAAACUGGCGGACCUUGUGGAAAGAGAUAGGGCCUAUUUGGCUAGUCUAGAAACCCUGGACAAUGGUAAGCCGUACCUAGCAGCUUACCAUGGGGAUUUGGCAUCGGUAAUAAAAAACCUGAGGUACUACGCAGGCUGGGCGGACAAGAACCACGGAAUGGUGUUGCCCGUCGAUGGAAAAUACUUCGCCUACACACGGCAUGAACCCGUCGGUGUAUGCGGUCAGAUAAUUCCGUGGAACUUCCCGCUGCUGAUGGCCGCGUGGAAGCUGGGCCCGGCGCUGGCGGCGGGCUGCACGCUGCUGCUGAAGCCCGCCGAGCAGACGCCGCUCACCGCGCUCUACCUCGCGCAGCUCGUCAAGGAGGCCGGCUUCCCCGCGGGGGUCGUGAAUGUGGUGCCGGGCUUCGGGGACGCCGGCGCCGCCAUCGUCGACCAUCCCGACAUCGACAAAGUCGCCUUCACCGGCUCGACGGAGGUGGGCAAGCUGAUCCAGCGCGGCGCGGCGGGCUCCGUGAAACGCAUCACGCUGGAACUGGGCGGGAAGUCGCCCAACGUGGUGCUGGCCGACGCCGACCUGCCCUACGCCGUGGAGCAGUCGCACAUGGCGCUCUUCUACAACAUGGGACAGUGCUGCUGCGCCGGGUCGCGGACGUUCGUGCAGGACUCCAUCUACGACGAGUUCGUGUCGCUGUCCGCCGCGCGCGCCGCCCGUCGCGUGGUGGGCGACCCGUUCCGCGCCGACACCGAGCAGGGCCCGCAGAUCGACGGCGAGCAGCAGGAGAAGAUCCUGCAGCUCAUCGCAAGCGGCAAGCGGCAGGGCGCGCGGCUCGUGUGCGGGGGGGCGCGCGCGGGGGACGCGGGGUACUUCGUGCAGCCCAGCGUGUUCGCAGACGUGCGCGACGACAUGGACAUCGCGCGCACAGAGAUCUUCGGUCCCGUUCAGCAAAUACUUAAAUUUUCACAAUUGGACGAAGUUUUAGAACGCGCUAACAGCAGUGAAUACGGUCUAGCUGCUGCUGUAUUUACCAAAGACCUCGACAAGGCUAACUAUCUCGUUCAGGGCUUACGUGCAGGAACAGUCUGGGUGAAUGAUUACAACGUAUUUGGAAACCAAGUACCCUUCGGCGGCUUCAAGCAAUCGGGUAUCGGACGCGAAAAUGGACCGUAUGGCAUCAAGAACUACACCGAAGUCAAGGCGGUAGUUGUCAAACUAACCGAAAAGAACUCGUAAAAUAAUCAA